AUGGGGGACGAAGGCGGCGGCCGCGGCUGUGGGCCCGCUAGGGAGCUGCGGAGGCUGAAGCAGCAGGCGCUGGAGUACUACCGGGAGAACGACGUCCCGCGCAGGCUGGAAGAGCUGCUCAACUCCACCUUCUACCUCCAGCCUGCCGACGUCUACGGGCACCUGGCAAACUGCUUUUCUAAACUUGCGAAGCCACCCACCAUCUGCAAAGUGGUGGGGAAGCAUGUGCUGGACGGACUGGGGCUUCCCACCCUCCAAGUGGAAAUAUUCUGCACCAUUCAGAAUUUUCCCAAGUACAUUUGUUCUGUGAUGAUGGCGACUCACUUCGAAGUCUACGAGAACUCUGUGCCCGAGCUAGCGGAAGCAACGGAAGCAGAGAGGUUGGAUGCCGUCAGCAUUGCUGUGCGGUGGGUCAACGAAAACAUCACCCAGGAGCUUCAGGGCCUAGAGCCCUCCAACCAGGCUGAGGUGGACCAAGUGCUCAGGACAUUCUUUGAAAAUAAAGUGCAAGAAGAUAAUGAGGGAAAAGAAUUGGAAAAGAGCCUGGAAAACUCAGCAGUACACCUAUCUUCCUCUCUGAUGCCACCACCACCAACAACUCUUCCUCCUCCACCUCCGGCCAAAAAAAAAGGACAGAAGCAAGGUCGGAAGAGUACUAUCAUAGAGAAACCUAUCUCACCUCCAGAGCCUGUUGAACCUGUGCUCUGUGGCAGCAUGGCCAUAGGGGCCGUGUCACUAGCUGUCGCCAAAACCAUUGCCGUGCUGGACAGUAACCCUCUGUACUUCCAUAUCGCGUCCCUGAAGCACCAUCAGGAACAGCCAGCAAAGCUAACUAUUCCUUUGCUAAUGGUAUCUCUGGUCAGCUGUGGGAAGUCAUCGCCUGGGAAGCUGAAUUUAAUGAAAGAAGUGAUCUGCAUACCCCAUCCUGGAUUAAUGGCUAAACAAGGUGUGGAGAUGCUUAUGGAAAUUCAGAAGCAAAUAAGCAAGACAAUUGAAACGCCCCCUCCUCCAAAAGCAGAAAUGAAGAAAGGGCAUAAUGGAGGCAAAAGAGGUCAGCAGCCGGUCACUGGCAAGAUGUCCCAUCUGGGCUGCCUGACCAUCAAUUACGACACCAUAGAGCAGCCCCUGCUCACCAUACAAGGAAUCUGUGCGAACCUGGGGCUAGAACUGGGGACGAAUCUGUAUCUGGCCAUCAACUGUGCUGCGCAUGAACUGGUGGACUAUAGUAAGGGGAAGUAUGAAGUGAUGAUGGGAACAUACAAAAACACCACUGAGAUGGUUGACCUGUAUGUGGAUCUGAUCAGCAAGUUCCCUUCAAUUAUCGCCUUAAUUGAUCCUUUCAGGAAAGAGGACUCUGAACAGUGGGACAGCCUCUAUAAUGCUCUUGGUUCCAGGUGUUACCUAAUUGCGGGAAGUGCCUCCAAAAGCAUUUCCACACUUCUAAAGGAAGGCAGCAUCAGCACCCCCAAAUCCAGUGGGCGGAUCAUAAAGCACACCAAUCAAACGACGAUGUCCGACUUGGUGGAAAUAAGCAACCUCAUCGACAGUAAGAAGCACGUGGCUGUCUUUGGAAGCGCGGAAGGGGAGUCUGCAGAUGACAGCCUCGUGGACCUGGCCAUUGGACUGGGUGUCCAGUUUAUCAAGUUGGGAGGUCUUUCUCGCGGCGAACGGGUGACCAAGUACAACCGCAUUUUCACUAUAGAGGAAGAACUUGUCCAGAACGGAACACUGGGUUUCAAAGGAGAACUCACCUUUGUCCAGCUGAACGAGGAAGACGAAAAGGCUGCCGAGGAGCCGGAGGCCGCGGCUGCCGAGGCCGGUGAGCUGCCCGGGCGCCCGGAGCCCAUCUUCCCCACAGAAGUCGUAGAGGAAGCGGCCUGAGCUCGAGCGCUUCCGGACCGGGCUGUCCA